CAAAGACGAUUUAUAUUCUUAUUUCCAUCUAUCCUAUUUAAAUGGCCCAAACUUUUAGGAAAAACUUAAAUUUUCUUAAUAUCUGCAAUAUAAUAAAGUUCAAAAAAUUCUCGACGAUUACUGUUUCAAAAGCUCAGGAAUGUGGCGAAUUACGGCCUUUAUAUUUAGAUGCGCAAGCUACAACUUCCUUAGAUCCACGGGUUCUUGACGCUAUGCUUCCAUACUUAACUAAUUAUUUUGGUAAUCCACAUUCUAGAACUCAUGCUUAUGGGUGGGAGGCUGAAAAAGCAUCAGAGAAAGCAAGAGAGUAUGUUGCCUCGAUAAUCAAGGCGGACCCUAAAGAAAUCGUAUUCACGAGUGGAGCGACAGAAUCUAAUAAUAUGGCCAUUAAAGGGGUUGCCAGGUUUUACAAAGGCAAGAAAAAUCACGUUAUCACAACCCAAACUGAACAUAAAUGCGUGUUGGACUCCUGUAGAGCUUUGGAGAGCGAAGGCUUUAAAAUCACUUAUUUACCCGUGCAAAAAAAUGGGGUUGUAGAUUUAAAAGUAUUGGAAGAAUCCAUUACUUCAGAAACGAUCCUGAUAUCUGUCAUGACUGUUAACAACGAAAUCGGGAUAAUACAACCCAUUCAACAAAUAGGCGAGAUAUGUAAGAAAAAAAAUAUUUUUUUUCAUACGGACGCUGCCCAAGCUGUAGGCAAAAUUCCCAUGGACGUUGACAAAUUUAAAAUUGAUCUCAUGUCUAUCAGUGGUCAUAAAAUAUAUGGACCUAAAGGUAUAGGAGCCCUUUACGUUCGUCGUCGGCCACGCCGUGUCCGAAUUGACCCUAUACAAUCAGGUGGGGGUCAGGAGCGAGGAAUGAGGAGCGGUACGCUUCCCACACCUUUAGCAGUGGGCCUCGGAGAAGCCUGUCGAAUAGCGGAGGCGGAUUUUGAUUAUGAUUCCACAAGGGUUAAAAAAUUGUCGGACGCUCUUGUUAAAGGGAUAAAAGAGAAAAUACCUAACGUGGUAAGGAAUGGUGACGAAAUUUUAGGAUAUCCUGGUUGUGUUAACUUUUCCUUCUCCCACGUCGAAGGUGAAUCCCUUCUAAUGGCUCUUAAAGACAUAGCUCUUUCUUCCGGAUCCGCUUGCACAUCUGCCAGCCUAGAACCUUCUUACGUUCUCCGCGCUAUAGGCACAGAUGAGGAUCUAGCCCAUUCAUCGAUUAGGAUUGGAAUAGGGAGAUUUACUACAAUGGAUGAAAUCAAAUAUACUGUAGAGAAACUUGCGCAGCAUGUAGAAAGAUUGAGGAGUAUGAGCCCUCUAUGGGAGAUGGUUCAAGAAGGGAUUGACAUAAAAUCGAUCAAAUGGAGCCAGCAUUAAUACUCUCCCAUUAUCUGGUUUAACAAUAUUCGCAUCGUAUUAUAUCCUUUAUCUCGUGAAAUUAUUAGUUAACGCACAAUUGGAAUUAUUUUAUUUCAAAGUCUUAAUAACAUAUUUUAUAAAAGCUUAUCAAAUAUUUAUUCUUCUUUACUCUUAAUAAAAAUAUUUGAUAAAUAUACCGCAAGCCAAUUCAAAUUAUAUAAUUAAAUCAUAUAAAUUAAUUAGCACUGUCGCAAAAACAACAUUAAUCUU